UUCUGAUGGUUGAUGUGAACAUUAACUGAAGCUCCUGACCCGUAUAUGCAUGAUUUUAUGCACAGCUACCACACAAUUGGCUGAUUAGAUAAUUGCAUGGAUGAUUGUUGGUGCCAGACCUAAGGUAACCCGGGUUGGUGCUGUUUUGGUGGCAUGAGGGGCAUCUACACAAUACUAGGCAGGUGGUUUUAAUGUUGUGGCUGGUCGGUGUAUAUACAAUGAAUGAGACGCAUAGCUCCCCCAACCCACGCAACAUUGGUCAAGGGGGCGCAAAUUGUGAUUUCACAUUCAUCCCCAGAAUUGGGUAGUUGCGCCCCUGCGUGUGUAUGUGUGUGGAGGAGAGUGUUGUUAAUACUCUGAUGGCUCACUGCUCCACUGGAUAGGAUUAUCUGAAGGCUACUUAAAGAGACACACACACACACACACACACACACACACACACACACUACAGUAAGACACACGGAUGACCUGAAGCGCUGAGAUCUUCAUUGCAUAAGACUCCCUUAAGACAUUCCCCGUGGACACACACCGGGCUGCAUGUGUGUGUUUGGGCUACAGCACCCACAGGACUCAUAGAUGUAUGAAUGGAAAUCAUUAGGCCAGAAGACAUCUGGAUCAUCUGGACAGUGUGACCAGCACGACUCUUGUGUCCUGAGGAGUUUGUGGAGUUGGUUUAAUUAUAGGUUCUGAAUGACAGAAGUAAUUCUGAGAUGGAUGCAUGAAACGGUGGACCACAACAGUCCAGUGCAGUCUAUAUUGAAUCAGAUGUGAAUGUUACCCACAAGAGGAGACAGCAGGGGACAAGUACAGGGACAACAGCUCUCCAAUACAAGAGACGCAUUAUCGGGACACUCAACGCAAGAGACUGAAGGAGAGAAAAGAAAAGAAAGGCUCUCUCACAGAUGUAUGGUAGUGUGUAGGUGUGAAACUGCCUGGUGCACAUCAGGGACAAUUUCUGGCUUUGCUGUCACAGUUGUUCGACUAAUAAACCGGAAGACACGCGAGGAAAGGCUGCGUUUGGUUGCCAUGUCGUUAAAGGAGUGCGUACACGUCAAAAGACGCGAAGAAGCCAUUUGAACACAUAAAUCCAGACUUGUGCUUUUAAGGCUUUAUCUAACAAAAUCUGCACUUGCGAGCCAUGGCUCUACGGCCCACCCUUAUCUUCAUUCUCUCUCUGAUUGGCUGCUGCGCUCUUGAGGAGCAACCCAAAGUUACAGCCCUGCCCCCUCCUCGAGGGUGUGGCACUGCCGUCGACACGCCCUACAGAGUUCUGUGCGACCUGGAGUCUGUUUGGGGAGUAGUUUUAGAAGCCAUAGCGUGCGGUGGUACUGUAUCGGCAUUGAUUUUAAUUGCGAUUCUCCUUGCUAAACUAAAAACGGUAACGGAACCAAAGAAGCGAUGCGGCGUGGGCCCCCUCCUCCUCCUAUUGGCCGGAACGGUGGGUCUUUUUAGCUUAUCGCUGGUCUUCCUGGUGGGGCGUGGCGAGGUGCUCUGCGUGGUUCGACGUGGGCUCUGGGGGGUGCUGUUUGCGCUAUGUUUCUCGUGUUUGUUGGUGCAGGGGGUGCGACUGAAGAAGCUAGCCAUGGGAAGGCGGAGCCCAGCUGGGAGCUGUCUCGCCGGGGUGGCGUUCGCACUCACCGCGGUCCAGGGUGUCAUCGCUGGAGAGUGGCUGUUGCUUACGGUGGUCCGGGAGGGACAUGCAGCAUGUGAUUACCUCCCUUUUGACUUUGUGCUAGUGUGUAGCUAUGCUCUAGCAUUGUUGCUGGCGGCUACUGUGUUGUCGUUGGCCGUUGUGCUGUGCGGAGGGGGCAACAGGGAGGAGUCAAACCGGAAAAGGAUGAAAUGGAGGUGUAACGGCGUCUGGCUCUUUCUCUCGUGUCUUUCGUCUCUUCUCCUCUGGGUCGCCUGGCUCGGGCUGUAUCUCUAUGGCAACGCUGCCAUCGUGAACGUUGCGAAGGACUGGGAUGAGCCAGCACUGGCAGUUGCCUUGGUAACAGAGGGGUGGGUGCUGUUGUUAUUUCAUGCCAUUCCAGAAGCCCACCUGUGUUUGCGUCCAGCCGCUCAGAGGAAUGCAGACAUGGGGCAAAACUACUACGAUGCCCCUCAGCUUACAACACUGCAGGGUUACCAUGACGACGAGCGGCCGACCAAUCCCAGAGCUCCGUACACAGAGAGUCAGGCGUACUCUGUAGAGGAGCACAGUGCAGUUCUGCAGGCUGGAGGUUUCCAUAACGGAUUGAUACGACCCGCUGUGCCAUUUCGCAGUCAUGUUUAUCAGCCCACUGAGAUGGCCUUGCUCAUGAAUGCAGGAACGAUCCCAUCUGCCCCUCCAAACUUCACAGGGAGGCAUCUGUGGUGAGAGUGGUUGCCGUAGCAAUAACAUCCCCUUCUCCCUCAUGAAGACGGCACUUUGGGUGACUUAACAGAGUCAAAAGGGACUUUAAUGAGGUUCCAUAUUGAUCAUUUGGAAAUGAUUUUGUUAUAAAAGUUAAAGGUUCUCAAUGUGGGGAGCAGGCUAAAAUAUUUUCUGCUCAGAGUCAACUGUGAUAAGUUAUUUGUAGGUUAAUGCCCACAAAAAGUGUAAACACUGUGGCGCUAUCAAAACAUUGCUCUAUUUGUUUGAGCAGUCUGACAGGGGGCGGGCCAGAUCCUGCAGUAUUUUUACAAUUUUGUUUAAUGCAAAUAAUGAAUCACUUCGGCUGUUAAGUGGCUCACCUUCAAAGCACUUUGGACAAAUGACAGAAAGUGUUCAGAUUAAAUCACACACUGAUGAGGGCCUGUAUUUAUUUACAUAAUCAAAGAGAGAAGUGAAUUAAAGAGGGAAAGAGAACAACAGUAAUGGAGUAAAAAACGAGAGAGUAUUAAUUCAUUCCUAGCCUUAUAGUUAAUGCAAAUAUUCCUGCUUUCCACUUUUAAAAAUAUAAUCAAAGUCUAUUUCUUUCUAUAUCUCUUUAUUUAAAGGGACAGUACACCCAAAAAAUAGAAUCCUCUCAUCAUUUACUCACCCUCAUGCCAUCCCAGAUGAGCGACUUUCUUUCUUCUACUGAACACAAAUUAAGAUUUUUACAAGAAUAUUUCACAAUGCAAGUGAAUGGUGACUAAAACUUUGAAGCUCCAUAAAGCACAUAAAUGCAGCAUAAAAGUAAUCCAUACGACUCCAGUGGUUUAAUCCAUGUCUUCAGAAGUCAUAUGAUAGGUGUGAGUGAGAAACAGAUCAAUAUUUAUGUCCUCUUUUACUAUAAAUCUCCACUUUCACUUUCACAUUCUUCUUCUUUUGCUUUUUGGCCAUUAGCAUUCUUUGUGCAUAUCGCCACCUACUGGUUGGUGCUGGUCAUAGAUGGAGAUUUAUAGUAAAAAAGGACGUAAUUAUUGAUCUGUUUCUCACUCACACUUAUCAUAGCACUUCAGAAGACAUGGAUUAAACCACUGGAGUAUUAUGGAUUAUUUUUAUUAUGCCUUUACAUAAUUUUUUUAUGUGAGUGGGUGAACUAUCCCUUUAAAUAACUUAAUUUGCGUAUUUAAACUUGUAUGAAAUUGUUAAAUUGGUCUCUUUUUAAACUGCAUCUUUUUUUUGUUUGUUUGCUUGUUUGUUUGUUUUGAUAUCACAAAUAAAUGUGACUCUUUCACCAAACUUUGCACGCUUAUUGACCAUAAUCCUUUGCACAGUUUAAGGUAUACACAUAGCAUCACUAUUGUAAUGGUUAUGUCUGAACAGGGUGAAAGAUGUGUUUGCAUUUCGCUUUAUCAAGUGGAGAUUUCAUGACUUGCACAAACUUGAAAUGGUUGUAUUUCUGGCUAUAUUUAAUGUUUAUAUUUCAAAAUAAAUGA